AUGGAUGGUGGUGGUUCAAAUGGGUCAACCCCAGCCAGGCUUGAGGGGAACGCAGCUGCAAUGGUAGUAUGUUGGUUUCUUGGACUGGGGUCUCUGGUAUCCUGGAAUAGUAUGCUCACCAUUGGGGACUACUAUUACGCCUUGUUCCCAGAUUACCAUCCCUCAAGGGUACUUACUCUGGUUUAUCAACCAUUUGCUGUUGGAACAAUCUCAAUCCUUGCAUAUCAUGAAGCAAAGCUGAAUACAAGGAAAAGAAAUUUAGCGGGCUAUACACUAUUCUUUCUCAGCACAUUGGCUCUACUACUGCUAGAUCUGGGCACUUCGGGAAAAGGAGGACUCGGAAAUUUUAUAGGUAUUUGUAUUCUUGUUGGUGCUUUUGGAGUUGCAGAUGCCCACGUUCAAGGUGGAAUGGUUGGUGACCUAUCCUUGAUGCGCCCUGACUACGUCCAGUCCUUCUUUUGCGGCCUUGCUGCAUCAGGUGCUCUCACGUCUGGUUUAAGGCUAAUGACAAAAGCAGCCUUUGAAAACUCUAACAAUGGCCUUCGCAAGGGUGUCAUUCUAUUUCUUGCCAUCUCUGCAUUCUUUGAGUUUCUGUGUAUUUUGCUAUACGCUUAUGUCUUCCCUAAGCUGCCAAUUGUAAAAUACUACCGCGCUAAGGCAGCUUCGGAAGGAUCAAAAACUGUCUCUGCUGAUCUUGCUGCUGCUGGCAUUAAGAAAGAAGCAAAUCAAAGAGAUGACAAAUCCCUGGAGCGGUUGAGCAUCAAACAAUUGCUCAUUCAGAACUGGGAUUAUUGUCUUGAUCUCUAUCUGAUUUAUGUCCUGACUUUAUCAAUUUUCCCUGGAUUUCUGUACGAAAACACGGGGCACCACAAGUUGGGCGACUGGUAUGCCCUUGUUUUGAUUGCAAUGUACAACGUCUGGGAUUUAAUAUCAAGAUACAUCCCAUUAAUUGACUGCAUCCGGAUAAAAUCACGAAAGGGCCUCAUGUUUGCUACACUUGCUCGUUUCUUGCUCAUCCCUUGUUUCUAUUUCACUGCAAAAUACGGUGAUCAAGGGUGGAUGAUAUUUCUCGUAUCCUUCCUAGGACUAACCAAUGGCUACCUAACUGUUUGUGUAAUGGUUGCUGCUCCAGAAGGCUACAAGGGGCCGGAGCAAAAUGCUUUAGGGAACUUGUUAAUCGUGUUUUUGCUUGGUGGCAUAUUUUCUGGAGUGGCUCUUGAUUGGUUAUGGAUUAUUGGAAAUGGAACAUUUUAG